AUGGCUUCUUCCACGGAGGAUGCAACAAACAAGGGGACGACGAAUGGGCAUGCGGUUCGCCCUGGGGGGGAGGAGAAGAAGAAGGAGACUACACUUGCUGUGAGGACUUCGGGGACUGCUGUUGCGUCGUCUGGGCCACCGUCGCCUGCGCAUACUUUGACGGGGAAGCAGGAGCAUUACCUCAAACGCGAACUUAUUUCCCAGCAAGUACAAUGGGAAGUCUCGGAGCUCAACUCGCCGACGGCGCUGAGGCGAUUCGGGGCGCCGUUCAAGUCGCCGUUUGGGGAGGUGUCGCCGCUGGAUUCGGAGCUGCCGAUUCUGAGAUAUAUCUUUGUGCACCACAUUCGGGAGUUUCCGUUUUUGGACAAGGCGAGGGAGAAGGAGUUUUGGCAGGAUAAGUUACAAGUGUUUCUCGAAUCGUUCGCCAGCAAGGGGAUUUCCUCCUCGGAAGACAGAUUAGAAGAGACCAAGAGGAGGAAGCUUGCUGUGAAGGCGAAGAAGAUGGUGGAGUUGAUGAUGGUGUCUGGCGUGCCGACUUCUUCCGGGUUUGAGGAGAGGAUUCGGUUCUCGGAGUUGGAGAUUGUCGAUGCUAAUGCGAUUGAGACGGGUGUUCUGUCGUCGAUGCCCGAGGGUAACUACCUGAACGGGUGGGAUGUCAAUAUUGCUGGGGUCAGGAUAACGACGGCCCGGAGGAAUAUCAGACAACACAAGCAUGCCGAAUUCCUGCUUCGAGUCAAGCGCAAGGGCGGGAUGGAGCAGUACAUUGGCCGGAGAUACGGGGACUUUGCCAAGCUGCACAAGAACCUGAGAACUGAGCUGCCUGGAAAGGUGCUGCCUACGCUGCCGAACAAGAACAAAUCCAAUACGACGACCACGACGGAUAGUGUCAGUGGAGACAAGGACUCGGAGGCUUCUUCGAUCUCGUCGGUGUCGACGCAGUUGCCGCCAAGUAGCCCGGCGAGGGAUAGCUUUAGUCACCAAAGCGAGACGGGUUCGAGACUGCUUUCGGUAAAAGAUCAACGGAGUGGAAGGCUUUCGCCGAGGGUUUCGGUGGAUGGGAGACCCAGUAGCCCUGGUGGGUUUUUGGGCUCGAGGAAAGAAGAGAACGUCGUAUUGUGGCGGGAAAACCAGAGAGUGUCGCUGCGUGCGUUCUUGCGCUCGCUGCUUCAGAACCCACAAAUAGCGACUACCAAGUCCAUUGAGGAGUUCCUCACAGGUGAAGCUACCAAGCUUACGGAUGCGGAUGUUGAGGAUAUCAUCCGUCGCAAGAACUUGGACAAGAAGCGGGUGGAGGAACAGAAGCGCUUCUAUGAGAUUGCGAGGAAACGGGCGGCCGAGUUGGAUGUUUACAUGGAACAAUUCCGGCAAGACAUUGUCGAACGCAAUGGCCUAACGAUGCUGUUCAAGGAGAUCAAGGACAAGGAGACGAUUCAAGACCUCAGCUUACAAUAUCAGAAAUUUGCCGAAUGGCUACGCAUCGAAGUCGCGGCUACGAUAUAUCACCUCUUCCUCGCCGAAGACAACUCACCAGAGUUGUUUGCCCAAGCGAAGAGGAUUCACUCUCUGAUUCCCUACACUCUCAUGAAGAACGCCAUCCGGAUAGCCAACCCAGCAGCCGUCAUGUCCCACAUUCUGGACAUCUUCCUCGCCCAACCCUUUGGCGCCCGGUCGUUGAUGCAAAGGAUAUUCUCCCUCACGUUGAACGACGGCAUCCGAAACUUUCAGCGCUCUAUCGACGCGCUCGCAGCCAAGAUCAACGACCAAGUCUUUGUUGACAAGCUCAAGGCUUACAGCGACUCGGAGGAGCAGGUCAAGGUGGCCAUCCGGGAAGAGGCCGAGGCAGAGCAGAUUGAUGUCAUAGUGGUGAUUUUGAGGAGUGACUUGCUCAAGCCGGCGCUGAAGCCGGCCCAGAUUGAGAGGCUGUAUAAUGCGUAUGUGGCGUUCAACAGCGCGGUGGAGAACGUGGACGAGGAGCUGAAGCAGGGGGCGCAGCUGUUUUCGUAUCUGAAGCAGUUGCUGAAGCUGCACAUGCGGCAGAGGGACAAGGCGAUGAUGCUGAACCUGAUUGAGGAGCCGGUGACGCUGCAGCUGUUUAGGGAUUUGUUUACGAUCUUUUACGAGCCGCUUGUGAGGGUGUACAAGUCGGCGAAUGUGUAUAACAGUGUGACGGAUUUUGCGGCGUUUGUGGAUGAUUUGAUUCAAGUCGUUGAAAAGUGCCGAGACCAAGACGCUUCUGCAGACCCUAACCAGACCGUGCAAGCCUUCAUCGACCUUUGCCAGCGGCAUGAGCACAACUUUUACAAGUUUGUCCACGAGGUUCACACGCACGACAAUGGGCUUUUCACGCAGCUGAUGGGGUGGAUUGAGGGCAUUCUGGAGUUUUUGAGGCAUGGCCCCAAGAACGGCAGUCUGGAUAUCAACGCCUUGUUUGAAGGGGGUGUCAGCACUGGAGUUGUCGACAAGGACAAGGCCAUUGAGGAGAUUGACAAGUUGAUUGCCUGGCAGGAGGCCAGAAAGAAGUGGCAUCACGACAAGACUAGGCAGAAGAUGGCUGCGGAAGGGGGUGGCCCGGGGAUGGUGGAUGGGGUGCCGAUGGCGUUCAAAUCGAGUGAUUUUGGGUUGAAUGAGGAUGAUUUGGAGGAUAUGGCGUAUGAUGACGAUUCGGAGUCGGAGGCGGAGCUGGAGAUUGAGGAUGAGAUGGAUCCGAUUGAGGCGGAGAGGAGGAGGAGGGCGAGGAGGCAGGAUCGGCUGAGGAGGAAUGCCGGGGAGCCGGAGAAGCCUCAGGUGGAGGAGGUGCACAAGCUGAAGGAGAACUUUUUGGUGAUGUUGAGGAUGGUGCUUGCUGAGUAG